AUGGCGAUUUCCAUGGCGGGGCAUUUUAUUUCGAGCAACUCAGACCAAGAAGCCAUCUUGUUUGCCCAUGAAGUCUCAGUGAAUGCCUCCAAUGCCCUCCGACGAUCGGGAUUCAAUGUUAUGGCUGACCUUUUCCAACGGUCUCCUCCAUUCUUCCUUCCUCCGCAGAACUCAACCUUGUUUGCCAUCAGAGACUCUGCUCUCAGGAACACCUCUCUCCCUCCAUCGCUAUUGAGAAAGAUCCUUCAGUUCCAUACCUCUACCUCCAUGGCUUCGAUGGAAGACCUGUUGGAGAAGCCCCAAGGGAGUUGCAUUCCAACCCUGUUUCGUCACAAGAAUGUAGCGAUCACCAAGGUAGAUCCGAGAGAAAGAUUAGUCGAGAUCAAUCACGCGUUGAUAUCAAGCCCUGAUAUGUACCUGGGAAACCAAAUUGCAAUUCAUGGGGUUCUUGCACCAUUUUCUUCCGUCGAUUUUCAGGAUUUGAGCAAGGGCUGGGAGUUUGUUCCCUCGGCUUCUUGUCGUUCGAACUCUGGACAAUAUUCUGCGUUUUAUGAAUCCGAGGACAAGGUUGGCUGGAACCGGAUUGUUCAGUUGCUCAGCUCAAACGGGUAUGCUUCGUUUUCGAUUGGAUUGCAUUCUGUUCUUGAGCGGAUACGAACAGAUUCAACGAGUUUUGAAUCUGUCACAAUCUUGGCUCCUCCAGAUUUGGCAUUACUGGGGAGUCCAUCAUCUUUGCUUGACAGGGCUGUGAGGCUACAUAUACUGCCACAAAGACUGACAUACAGAGAACUCGCUUCACUCCCGACUAGGACUCUGGUGAAGACACUCAUUUCUGACGAAUAUCUUGAAAUUGAAGGAGUUCCAGAUUUCAUAUCAAUGUUGGUCAUCAACGGUGUGGAAAUUGUGGCGCCUGACAUUUCAAUUUCUGACAAGUUCGUAAUUCAUGGAAUUUCUGAAGCUUUGAAGAUGGAUGCGCUUAUCACCACAUGA